UUGCUAUUAAGACUUGGUAGUUUUAUCUAUUAAGAGCCUCUCCGUGAACUUUAAACAAUUUUUAAAAAUGUUUUUUACAAGAAUCAGUUUGUUGUUAUUUUUUUUCUCUUUACAUAUCACUGUUAAAUCAAUUGAGGUAUCUGAAAUUUAUGACAUAGAAGCUAUAAAAAAUUUCGUGGACAAACUCGAAAAUAAAGUUAAAAAUAACUAUAACUUGACAAACGCUACAUCGUCCGACGAAGAAACAUAUAAAAUUUUAAAAGUCAUUUUCAGUGAUAUGACAGAUGUCUUAAAAACGUUGAAUCGAAUUCAUCAUGAUCCCCAUAACAAUUAUUGGAUAGUCGCUAUGAAUAAUGUUAUGGAAUUAUUCGAUGAUAAUGAAGUAAAAAGUGGCAUUUCCCGAUGGUCGACAUCUUUAUAUGAUUAUUUUGCUAUCAUAGAUGUAAAACGUGAUAUAAUUGAUACAUAUGUACGGGGUAUACUGUAUUUACAAGAACAUAAUUAUUUAACAUCCAUGAAGAAUCCGUGUUUUUAUUUACCAACCGUUUUGAACUUUUUCGAUGCAACGAAUAAUCCCGAGUCUAUUAUUGACGUCUACGAGAAUUUUCUUAGUUCCAUUUUAAUCAGUCUGUAUUAUGGUGAAGAUUGGCUCUAUGUUUGUGGAGAGAGAAUUGCAAUCACCAAAGAGUUUUAUGAGUAUUACCGGUUAGUUACCACUUCGUACCUGAAAAUAUGGACUGUAAAUUAUUUUACAGGAAUAUUAAGAGCGUAUUGUGAACACAACUCACCAAAAGUUUUUAUGGAAAAUGCAAAAAAUACUCUAAUUAAAAAAUUAACAAUUACCAUGCGGUUAAAUAAAAAAAUAAGUAUAGAAAGUAAAAAACAAUACAUGUAUCAGUGUGACGGUCAGGUUGUAAAUGAUGUAGUACAUUUUAUGGAGUAUCAAUUAAAUAAAACAACUUAUUAUGAACUGGAAAAAAUGAUGCAGGUGGUUAUUGUUAAUGAAAAAGAUGUAAGUAGUUCAGGAGAUUGUAGUUUUGAUUGUGAUCUUAUUAAGUUGGAGAACUUGAAUGAAAAUGUGUGCAAAGAUUUCAAAGAAUGUCAAUAUAUUACCAAAAGUUUCGAUAUUUGUGAGCCAGAGAAAAAUGAUUCAAGAAAUUAUCAAUGGUUUAAAGACUCUAACGGAGUUGUUUACGGUCCUGGCCAAAAUGAAUUGUGUCCAAACACCGUUAAAUCUCUCAGCAGUUAUUACCAAGCAUCAACAAUGUAUUUCUGUGAUUACUGUGUCUGUAUUUGUCAACGACAUCCCGAAGACAAACCAAAUGUGGUAACUGUGUUCAGUUUUAGGGACCAAAUAUCGAACAUCAAGGAGAACAAAGUCGUCGUCGGUGUUAGGUUCGUAAAAAAAGAUAACAUGAUACAUGUUCAAAUCAAAGAAGCCGAAUUAGAUUCAAAUUUGAAGGACGAAGGUUUCAGCGUAUGGAAGGAACUCGAAAAUUUUUAUUAUGAUAAAUAUCUUGACCAAUAUGUCCUAAUUGUUAAUUCGAUAAAAGGUUCAUUGUCUCUAGGACUUGAUUACGGACAUCCAGAAAGAAUGAACAUUGAUGACUUGAUCGCACCUUCAGGCUUCGUUAUCACUGGAGUAAGAUUCAGAUAUGCUGGAGACUCAUUUCACUCACCGCACGUGAAAUUUGGCGCGGUUGAAUUACAAACACGGGUGUCUGCUUAUGACGUUAUUGAGAAAAAAAUAAGCAAUGACCCACUAACACAUUGGAUAUCUCCAAAGAAACAAGACAAAAGGGAUGAAUUGAAAUUAUACGAACCAGAUAAUCCAACAAAAUCAAUUGAAAAUAAUAUUGACUCAAAACCAGGCCAAUUUGUCAGAUUCCAAGCAUCUGAUUUGAAAAAGGAUGCUGGACAAAGUACAGUGCCAUUUUUCGACGCUCUACCGGCGGAAGGUACCCCAGAAUUUCCUUUGGAGGGUAUUGGAAUUAUUCAUAAAGGCAGUAAGGGAUCUGGAGGAUAUUUGGCAUUUCGAAUUUUUGAUUUAGAUUUUUCUCAGGAUUUUAAAGUUCCAUUAGAAUCUGAAUCAAUAUUUAGUUCUAAAAAAUAGGCUUAUUUUAAGAUAAUUCUUUGAAUCAUUUUUUU